AUGGCGGACAUCAACGUCGAGGAGGUGCUCAGCAAGCUCACCGUCGCCGAGAAGGUCGACCUGCUAGCCGGCAUCGACUUCUGGCACACCAAGCCCCUUCCCAAACACGGCGUCCCCUCGCUCCGCCUCUCGGACGGGCCCAACGGCGUCCGCGGCACCAAGUUCUUCAACGGCACCAAGGCGGCCUGCUUCCCCUGCGGCACGGGCCUGGGCGCCACCUUCAACGUGGACCUGCUGCGCGAGGCCGGCGCCAAGAUGGGCGACGAGGCCAAGCUCAAGGGCGCGCACUGCAUCCUGGGCCCCACCAUCAACAUGCAGCGCUCGCCGCUCGGGGGCCGCGGCUUCGAGUCGCUGAGCGAGGACCCCGUGCUGGCGGGGCUCGGCGCCGCGGCGCUGGUCGAGGGCAUCCAGAGCACGGGCGUGCAGGCGACGCUCAAGCACUUUGUGUGCAACGACCAGGAGCACAAGCGCAACGCCGUGCAGUGCAUCCUGACGCGGCGCGCGCUGCGCGAGAUCUACGCGCUGCCGUUCCAGAUCGCCAUCCGCAGGAGCCGGCCGGGCGCCGUCAUGACGGCGUACAACGGCGUCAACGGCACGUACUGCAGCGAGAGCCGCGAGCUGCUCGAGGGCAUGCUGCGCCAGGAGUGGGGGUGGGACGGCCUGGUCAUGAGCGACUGGUACGGCGUGUACAGCACGACCGAGGCGGCGCUCGCGGGGCUCGACCUCGAGAUGCCCGGCCCCACGCGGUUCCGGGGCGAGCUGCUCAAGUUCAACGUCUCGACGGACAAGGUGCGGGAGCACGAGCUGGACGAGAGGGCCCGGGCGAUGCUCGAGUUCGUCAAGAGGUGUGCCGCGUCCGGGGUCAGGGAGGGCCAGGAGGAGAAGACGGGGGACACGCCCGAGACGGCGGAGCUGCUGCGGAGGGUCGGCGGGGAGUCGCUUGUGCUGCUGAGGAACGAGGGCGGGGUGCUGCCGCUGAAGAAGGAGAAGAAGACCGUCGUCAUCGGCCCCAACGCCAAGAUCGCGACCUACCACGGCGGCGGCUCCGCCUCGCUCGCCGCCUACUACGCCGUCACCCCCUACGACGGCAUCGCCGCCAAGCUGCCCGCCCCGCCCGCCUACACCGUCGGCUCCUACUCGCACAAGCUGCUGCCGCUGCUCGGCUACGCCCUCACGGCCGACGACGGCAGCCGGGGCAUGCGCAUGCGCGUCUACAACGAGGCGCCCGGGGACCCGGCGCGCGGGCCGUGCACCGACGAGCUCGUGCUCGACAAGACGGACCUGCUGCUCGUCGACUACUACAACCCCAAGCUCAAGUCGGCGACGUGGUACGCCGAGUUUGAAGGGUCGUUCGUGGCGGACGAGGACUGCGAGUGGGUGCUGGGGCUCAUCGUGUGCGGCACGGCCAAGCUCUUCGUCAACGGCGAGCUGGUCAUCGACAACGCGACCGAGCAGCGCGCGGGCGACGCCUUCUUCGGGUCGGCGACGGUCGAGGAGACGGGCCGGCUGCGGGUGGCCAAGGGCGAGACGUACACCUUCCGGUGCGAGUUCGGGUCGGCGCCGACGUCCAAGCUCCAGGGGGACGCGGUGCUGUUCGGCGGCGGCGCGCUGCGCAUCGGCGGGUGCAAGGUCAUCGACCCGGCGGCCGAGAUCCGGCGCGCGGCGCAGCUGGCGAGGGAGGCGGACCAGGUCGUCGUCUGCGCCGGCCUCAACGCCGACUGGGAGACCGAGGGCGCGGACCGGGAGGGCAUGGACCUCCCCGUGCCCAUGGACGAGCUCAUCUCCGCCGUGGCCGCGGCCAACCCCGCCGGCACGGUGGUCGUCGUGCAGUCUGGCACGCCCGUGCACAUGCCCUGGGCCGGCGAGGUGGCGGGCAUCGUGCAGGCGUGGUACGGCGGCAACGAGACGGGCAACGCUAUCGCCGACGUGCUCUUCGGCGACGUCAACCCCUCGGGCAGGCUGCCGCUCAGCUUCCCGAGGAGGCUCAGCGACAACCCGGCCUUUCUCAACUUCCGGGCCGAGGGCGGGCGGACGCUGUACGGCGAGGACGUGUAUGUCGGGUACAGGUACUACGAGUUUGCGGGGCGGGAGGUGCUGUUCCCGUUCGGGCACGGGCUGAGCUACACUACGUUUGCGUUCUCGGGGCUACGGGUGGAGGAGAAGGACGGGGUGCUCAGGGUCGAGGUGGAGGUCGAGAACACGGGGAGCGUCAAGGGUGCGGAGGUGGUGCAGGUCUACGUCGCUCCGACCAAGAAGGCCAAGGUCAACAGGCCGGUCAAGGAGCUGCGCGGGUUCGCCAAAGUAGAGCUCGGGCCGGGGGAGAAGCGCAAGGUCAGCGUCGAGGCGGAGACCAAGUACGCGGCCGCGUACUGGGACGAGGAGAGGGGCAAGUUCUGCGUCGAGGAGGGCGAGUACGAGGUCGUUGUCGCCGACAGCAGCGAGGUGAAGGAGGGCAAGGCGCUGAGAGGGAGGUUUACGGUCGCGAGCACGUUUUGGUGGACUGGGCUUUAG